AUGAACUCCCACAACAGCCUCAGCGCCGCCGCAGACGAGCGGAAAGCGCGUCUCGCAAAGCUCAAGACCCUCAAGCGGAAACAGCCCGUCGACGAGGUCGCCACUCCAGAAGGCGACAGAGACGCAUCACCAGCCGCAGCCGCAGCCGCAGCCGCAACAGCAGAAGAAAACGACGUAGCGACGCGGCACCUCUCCGGCCGCAACUAUGACCCCGAGACGAGAGGCCCCAAGCUUGGCUUCGACGCGCCGCCGACGCUCGGGCUGGAAAAGCCCACGCUGGAGGAGCAGGCCGCAGAGGUCGAGGCAGAGGUCAGGGAAAAGGCAGCCGAGGAGGCGCGGGACGACAAGGGCCUGGAUCUCUUCAAGCUGCAGCCCAAGAAGCCGAACUGGGACCUGAAGCGGAAUCUGGAGAAGAAGCUGGAAGUGCUCAAUGUGCGGACGGAUAAUGCGAUUGCGAAGCUGGUGAGGGAGCGAGUCCAGAGUGCUCAAAAGGCCGCCCAAAAGAAGGAGGACGUCGACAAUGGCAACCUGGAUGGAGAUGCUGCUGGCGUGGAUGGCGUCGCGCUUGUGGAGGGACUCAGGGUUCGCGAACAGGAGGAGCAAGAGGAAGAAGAGAGAGAGCGUCAGGAAGAGGAGGCACUUGGUCUGUGA